AUGGAAGACUUGAACGAAGGGAAUGCGGGGGCUGACGAUGUGAGAACGGAGGACUCCAGUCAUGAGGGGAGCGGGCAACGGUCUAGCCCCGUGGUGAGCAUGGAGGUAGAGGAAGAAAGCCGUGAGCGCCCAUCUGUGGAAAGUGAUUCAUUGUCAAAGAGGGAGCUGUUUAAGAUCAUCGCUGACCAGGAUAAGGCAAUAGCCAUGCUUCGGAAGGAAUUGGAAGGAGGAAGGAGCGCCGAUACGAGAGAGUACAGCCCCCCCGGUGAGGAAGCGUGA